UCUGCUCUAGAGGAGCCUGGUAACAGCCACUCUGGGAUGGAGAAGCUGAUCCUCAUUUUCUUUCAUGUCGCCAUGAUGAGAUUCUCUGCUGCUGAGGAACUGAAGAGGAACCUGAAUGGAGUUGUUGGAGGAAACGUCACUUUCCCAGAUCCUCUGCUGGAGUUGGGAUUUCUGUUAGAAGGAAGAAGGAACAUUGCUUCAGUGAAUGACAGAAAACUUCAGUUUGUAGAGGAGAUUUACACGAACAAACUUCACUGGAACAGAAACUCUGGACUCUUUACCAUCACAGACCUGCAGAAGAGCGACUCUGGAGAUUAUAAAAUCGACUCUAAAAGAGGACGAGUUUUUUAUACAUCCUAUAAUCUCACAGUUUACGAUGGUGCUCCGACUCCUGCAGUAGAAACCCUGACUGUGAGCUCUGACAGCUGCUGGUUGCUCUGUUCUGUGGACAAAGCCACGUCUCUGCUGUGGUACAAAGACCAGGAAGUACAGAACCAGAACAGUUCUGCUUCCUCUUUACCCAUCACUGUCCACAAAGAGGACAGAGACUCAUCCUACAGAUGUGUAGCAGCCAACCCUGCAGAAAACAAGACUCUCCAUGUUAACGUGAGGACAGCAUGUGGGUUCAACAGCUCAGACGCCGUAGAUGACAACAGAUUAAUGAAAUACUGGAACCUGAUCUCUCUCCCCAUCAAGCUGGCAGCUUUCAUGGCUCUGACUGCAGUGAUGGUCAGACGGAGGAAUCCAGACCAAACAAACCCACAAACACGACGGGUAAAAACUUCCCGGACUCAUCAGAACCAGCAACUCCGCUUCAUGAAUGAUGAAGAUAAUAUUUCCCAGAAUCCUCCUGGUGCAGCUCCUGCUCAGGAUGUUUGCGUCUCACAGAUUUCCAUCAUAAAUUAACAACUGUGAAACUCUGGAGAUGUUCUCACCUGUUGAGGUGAAGAACCGGAAACAAACUUUAUUCAGAGCUUCAGGUGUCGCUGCAGGCGUCGCCUCAACGUUUCUGGGUCCAUCUUCAAGAACCUCGGCAGCAGUUCUAGUGGAACCAGAAUCUAUCGUUGGUUUUUUAGUCGUUUGGUUAAUCUGGGCGUGAAUCACAUGCAGGGCCGGCCCAAGCUUGCAUGGGGCCUCAAGCAGAGUGAGAUGUGGGGCCCCUCUUCCUGUUGAGAGCAUCCCAUCAUGAACAGAGUUUCUGUGGAGAUUUGGAGGAAAAUGGGUUCUAAGAUUAACUGGCUGAGCUUAAAAUUCAUCACUGAUCAGUUAUUAUUUGCUGAGAUGUAUUUCUGAACAAACCGAUGAUCAAACACAAAGAAAAAAAAUUAAAACAUUUUUUACUACAUUAAGUUGACAGUUCCUUCAAAAUAAAAUGUUAAAUAUCUUUUCAUUUAUCAUAUCUCAUAUUUUUUAUAAUGUCAUUCUAAUUAAACAAAUAUAAACAUUUA